AUGCCGGGUGAUGGGAGCAGCUGGAUGACAGAGCUGGUCAAUACAGCAGGAGGAGCAGGUUUGGAGAUUGCCAUGGACACCAUGAUUAGAAUCUUCCGCUACUCCUGCAAGGAGGGGGACAGGUUCAAGAUCAACAAGGGGGAGCUGAAAAUGCUCCUGCAGCGACACCUCACAGAAUUCUUCUCGUGUCAAAAGGAUCCUGAGUUGGUUGAUAAGAUAAUGUAGGACCUGGAUGCCAAUAAGGACAACAAAGUGGAUUUUAAUGAAUUCGUGGUCACGGUGGCAGCUCUGACCAUUGCUUGUAAUGAUUACUUUGUAGAACAAUUGAAGAAGAAAGGAAAGACAAGUAGUAAGCUAAUCUAA